CAUGUUAUUGUGAUCCAACUUCCUGGGUGGAGACAACUGCGCCUCCCGAUUCUUUUCUGUUGCUGCAAAUGGUGUGUGAACCUGAAUAUUUCCAUUCUGUGAAACAUUAAGAAAUGUAUCACAUAUGUGCGGAAGAGGAGAAAGACAGUUAUUGUAACAAAUUAGGUAAACCAUCAUGAUCCCCAUCACAGAGCUCCGGUACUUUGUUGACACCCAGCCGGCGUACCGCAUCCUGAAGCCAUGGUGGGACGUCUUCACAGACUACAUAUCCAUUGUCAUGCUCAUGAUCGCCGUGUUUGGGGGCACGCUGCAGGUCACCCAGGACAAGAUGAUCUGCCUGCCCUGCAAGUGGGUGGUCAACAAGUCUUGCGAGUACCUCAAUGUGAGCUUCCCAGACCCAUUUGCCCCUGAGCCCAAAGGCAUCCAAUAUGAACUCGACCGGCACCAGUACAACUACAUUGACGCGGUCUGCUACGAGAACAAGCUGCACUGGUUCGCCAAGUACUUCCCCUACCUGGUGCUACUGCACACCCUCAUCUUCCUGGCCUGCAGUAACUUCUGGUUCAAGUUCCCCCGGACUAGCUCCAAAUUGGAGCACUUUGUGUCCAUCCUGCUCAAGUGUUUUGACUCGCCCUGGACCACCAGGGCUCUGUCCGAGACGGUAGUGGAGGAGAGUGACCCCAAGCCCCUGGGGAAAAUGAACGGUUUGGUGGACAAGAAGGCAUCUUGUGUCAGCGAGGAUGUGGAGGCCAGCAUUCCCAUGCUCCAAAGGACUAAGUCCCGCAUCGAGCAGGGCAUCGUGGACCGCUCCGACACCGGCGUCCUGGACAAGAAGGAAGGCGAGCAGGCCAAAGCUCUGUUCGAGAAGGUGAAGAAGUUCCGGAUGCACGUCGAAGAAGGGGACAUCGUUUACCGGCUCUACAUCCGCCAGACCAUCAUCAAAGUCCUCAAGUUCAUCCUGAUCAUCUGCUACACGGCCUACUAUGUGCACUACAUCAAGUUCAGUGUUAUCUGCAUGGUGGACAUUGAGAAGCUGACAGGCUAUAGGAUGUACCACUGUGCUCACCCCCUUGCCACCCUCUUCAAGAUCCUGGCCUGUUUCUAUAUCAGCCUGGUGGGGAUUUACGGUCUCAUCUGCAUGUACACCCUCUGCUGGAUGCUCAGCCGCUCCCUCAAGCGCUACUCUUUUGAGUCGAUCCGUGAGGAGAGCCACUACAGCGACAUACCCGAUGUGAAGAACGACUUUGCCUUCAUGCUGCACAUGAUCGACCAGUAUGACCCGCUCUACUCCAAGCGCUUUGCCGUUUUCCUAUCGGAGGUGAGUGAGAACAAACUGCGUCAGCUGAACCUCAACAAUGAGUGGACGCUGGACAAGCUGAGGCAACGCAUCACCAAGAACUCCCAGGAGAAACUGGAGCUGCACCUGUUCAUGCUUAUCGGAAUCCCUGACACAGUGUUUGACCUCAUAGAACUGGAGGUGCUCAAGCUGGAGCUCAUCCCCGAUGUCACCAUCCCCCCCAUCAUUGCCCAGCUGGUCAGCCUGAGAGAGAUGUGGCUCUACCACACACCGGCUAAAAUUGAGGCCCCAGCUUUGGCCUUCCUGAGGGAGAACCUCAAGUCCCUCCACAUCAAGUUCACAGACAUCAAGGAGAUCCCUCUGUGGAUCUACAGCCUGAAGAACCUGAGCGAGCUGCACCUCACAGGGAACCUGAGCGCAGAGAACAACCGCUUCAUCGUAAUCGACGGGCUACGGGAGCUCAAGAGGCUCAAAGUGCUCCGUCUGAAGAGCAACCUGACCAAGCUGCCUCAGGUGGUGACAGACGUCGGGGUCCACCUCCAAAAGCUGUCCAUCAACAACGAGGGCACCAAGCUGAUGGUGCUCAACAGCCUGAAGAAGAUGAUGAACCUGACAGAGCUGGAGCUGUUACGCUGCGACCUGGAACGAAUCCCGCACUCCAUCUUCAGCCUGCACAACCUGCAAGAGAUCGACCUGAAGGACAACAAUCUCAAGACCAUCGAGGAGAUCAUCAGCUUCCAGCACCUGCACCGGCUGGUAAGCCUGAAGCUAUGGUACAACCAGAUUGCCUACAUCCCCAUCCAGAUCGGCACCUUGACGAACAUGGAGAGGCUCUACCUAAACCGCAACAAGAUCGAGAAGAUCCCGGGCCAGCUCUUCUACUGCCGCAAACUGCGCUUCCUGGACCUGAGUCACAACAACCUGACCAGUAUACAUGCCGACGUGGGCUUCCUCCAGAACCUGCAGUACUUUGCUGUGACGGCCAACAGGAUCGAGUCGCUCCCACCGGAGCUGUUCCAGUGCAAGAAGCUGCGCACCCUGAACCUGGGCAACAACUGCCUGCAUACUCUACCGUCACGCUUUGGAGAGCUGACGGGCCUGACCCAGCUGGAGCUGCGGGGGAACCGUCUGGAGUGCCUGCCCGUGGAGCUGGGGGAGUGCAGGCAGCUGAAGAGGAGCGGCCUGGUGGUGGAGGAGGACCUGUUCAAGACACUGCCCACAGAGGUCAAAGAGCAGCUGUGGAGGGCCGACAAGGAGCCGGUCUGAGGAGAGAGACCAGAGAGAAGGAGUCUAAGGAGAGGAGGAAAGCGGGAGAGAGGAUUGGGCAGUGGAUGCUGAUGUCACUUUCAAUCGGAGGCCAUUUUCAAAUUUCUCCCUCCUUCCAGCCUCUACUGGUAUGGAGUAGGAGAAAGGGGGGAGAUGUGUCCGUAUUGCUGGACAUGCAUCCAGAGAAGGAUAGAUGGUUGGUUGGUUGGUUGGUUGGUUGGUUAUUGUCUUGGCUCUCCUGGCUGAAUUAGUUUUCUUAGGGUCACAGGUAGGACUGGCACAAUUACAGUAUAACCGUGUAACCGAUGGUUAUGGAUGAAGAUGGUCAUAAAAAUAAAAUAGCUAUUUUUUAUUUUUUUUACGAACAGCUGGCUGAAUAACCACAAUGCAGCAGCAGUACACAGAACUAGAAUGAAUAGAACAGGCUUGGAACCUCUAACCUUGGCAAUUUGACUGGUAAACUUAUAGGUACACUUGCAAUGGCUGCCUGAUAUUAUGAUGCAAUAAUUUCCAUGGUAAUGGAGAAUGUUCAUUCAAAUGAUGUUAACUGAUGUAGCUCAUGCAAUGUAUUUUAUGUAAGGUCAGUUGAGUUGAAUCAACAAAUCACAGCACAAAUUACUUCCUGCUUUAUAACUAUGGGUACACUCGCAAUGGCCGCCACUCCACCCAUUAUGCCAUCAUUUACUUGCCUGUUCUAUUCAUUAUAUUUCUAUGGCAGCGGAGGAGAGGAGAAAAUGGCAAUCUAUUUUUUGCUAUUCAGACGUUUAUUACGGUGACCGCGGUCAUUUGGUUGGCCAAUUACCGUCAUCCAAAAUUCCAUGACCAUCAAUGCCCUAGUCACAGGGUCACAAGAUGUUCUUCAACACACUAACCAGACAGAGACCUCUCCUCGCCAACUUUGUGGUUCUUUUCCCCCCUUUUUUAAAUGAAACGUUGUGCAAAGUCGAUGGUUGUCGAAUGCUGAUUAGGAAAGAGGAUGAGUUAGACAGACAGAAAUGAAACCUUGUGAGAUUGAGGAUUUAGUUUUUAGUACAGAGUCCUCUCAGUAUGGAUCAGGGGUGUCAAACUCAUUUUGCCCCGGGGACCGCAUUCGGACUUCGAGGUCAAUCCUCCCGGACUGUCUAGCUUUCAUUUCAGUGAUUAUUAGCGAGCUGGACACAGUCAAGAAACUGUAUGAAUGUAAGUCCAUUAUCAUUUCUACACAGUUUCAAUUUGGUUUUAGUCAUUUUAAACUAUAUUGAGUUUGUUUCCCCCCCAAAAGAAAACAAUAUUUAUAUAUUUUUUUUCUCAAACACCUCUGGUAUAGACAGUGGCCACAGAAGGACAAGAGAUUACAAAACCGAGCAGUACCCCUACGGUGCCCGCAUGUGGCAAAGACACACACAGACACAAACAAACUUGUAGAACUAGAAAAUAUUAUCUUCUGCCUAACUGAUUCCACUGCUGGAAAGCCAGCAGUCAACAUGAAAGAGUUGGUGUGUGGGAGUGGAAGGCUCAUGAAGCCUACAAAGCAAUAUGUGUUUUUGCUCUGUUUUCCAUCUUCACUUGAAAGUAUACAGUCCACGAGUCUCUUUAUCCAAACGCCAGUGAGAGGACACAGGAUCUGACUGGUUAAAUGAAACACUAUGGCCAAUGCAACCAAAGCAGGGCCCUGUUUAUUAGGCAACAAAUAGUGGGACAUUUACUGAAACACUAAUUUUUGUUUUCUGCAAAAGGUGAUUCCUUCAAGACCAGCCAGGCAACUCUUGUUACUAAUAGGGCCUUACCUUUUGGGUGCUGUAAUGUAUGUCCCACGCUAUGUGUGAUUACAACCAUCAUGUUCAUGAUUUUGCUAAAUAUGCAGACAAAUGUAUAGCUUAUAAUGUUGUACAUUUAUGUUUUGAGAAUGUACAUGGUAUUAUUAUUCUUACCAGCUGUUCCAAGUUAUUUUAAAAGGAGAGGGAAUCCUCAUUUUGGAGGAAAGUGAGAUGAAUUCAUCUUUGUUCACAAUUAUUUUCAUUUUAUGUAAUAGCUACAUACAGUUCAUUCAGAAAGUAUUCAGACCCCUUUACUUUUUCCACAUUUUGUUACGUUACAGCCUUAUUCUAUCUACACACAA